UAGAAGAUGAAGAGGAGGAGGAAAGGUGAGAAAGAGAGGGAGAGAGAAUAAAUUUGGUUUCGGAGAAAAUUUGGUUCGAUUUGCAAUUUGUAUAAAAGGACGGUUAUCAUAACGAAUAAUUACAAUUCACUUGUGAUCUUGCAAACUGUUCACAUUGUUUAAACAAUCUUGCAAACCAAAACUCAACUUAAAAUGUUUAAGGCACUUCUUCUCGUCUGUUUAGUAGCUUACGCUACCUCAUCUCCUGCUUACUACGGAUACUCUGGUCCAGCAAGAUACCCAUCUCAUGGACCUAAAUACUCACCACCACCAAAGGAAGAUUACAUUGCUCACAGACCAUCCUACCAAGCUCCAUCAUACGCACCUCGACCAACUUACGCUCCAUCAUAUGCACCAUCAUAUGCUCCAGCCCCAUACGCAGCACCAAAGGCAUACGCUGCUGAACCCUACUACAAACCAAACCCAUACAAUUUCGGUUAUGAAAUUGAUGAUGGUUAUGGAACCCAAACUCACCAACAAGAAGAAGGUGAUGACUAUGGAAACAAAAAGGGAUCUUACGGUUACACCGAUGCUUACGGACUUUACCGUAAAGUAGAUUACGUUGCUGAUGAUUAUGGUUUCAGAGCUGCCAUCAGCACUAAUGAACCAGGAACCGCUAACGCUUCCCCUGCUUCAGUUAACCUUUACUCAUCUGCUUCACCAGCCCCAUACAAGCCAGAAGCAUCUUACGCACCAAAACCCUACUCAGCCCCAUACAAGGCACCCGCUCAAUACAAGGCUCCAGCUCAAUACAACGCCCCAGCUCAAUACAAUGCCUACCCAGCCCCAUCAUAUGAGCCAUCAUACCCUGCCCCAGCCAACUAUGGUCCUUCAUACAAACAAUCUUCAUACGUACCAAAGGCCGGUUACGGUUUGUACGGACCAAGCUACGGAGGUGGAUACUCAAAGCAAUACUUCAACAUGGGUUACGCCAAGAAAUCCUACGAAGCUCCCCGAUACUAAAUCAUAAUCAAUUAAUUAGUUACUAGAUGCUUUGAAUCUUCUUAAAUCAAAUUCACAAUAACUUUGGUUUCACUGGUCUUUUUUAUUUCGUCCUGGUUUUCACAUCUCUGGUUCAUCAGUACCAAUCAGUUCAUCACCAUCUAUUUAUCAUCCAAUUUCCAUGAAACAUUCAUAAUCAUCUGAUUUAAUGUUCUAUUUUUAUACAUUGGAUAGAAAGAGUUUAGCUUUGCAAUGACAUUCGUUGCAAUAUUGUUAAGCCCAAAAUGCAUCAAGGUGCCUGCCAAAGAGUUUUUUUUCCUUCAAUUAUUUCAUUCUAAUUGAAGUAAAAUACAUAUUUUUUAACUAAUCACCCCAACUUUGUUACACCAUUUCCAUCUUAUGUUGAUUCACAAAUUCAUUUCUAUUUUUUUUAAAACUAUCAUUUUCAUUUUCCUGAUAAUCAAUACCAAUCAUACAUAUCAGAUGAUUAACAAAAUAAGCAAAUAAAGAAAACUUUUGAAACCAAAAC